AUGAGCGGGGCGCGGGCGGGGGUCCCGGGCGCGGGGGCGGGGCCGGGCCUCCGGCGGCGGCCAAUGAGGGCGGGGCCGGGCGGUGACGUUACGGCGGCCGGUCCUCGUGCCGCGCCGGAGCGGCGGAGCGGCGGCGGCCGGCGCUCACAGCGCUGCCGGCCUCCGCCGAGCCGGGAGCCCCCCCUCCUCCCCCCGCCGGCCGACCCCCCCUCCCACCGACCUCCCCACCGCGCCCCGGACAUGAAGACCAAGUUGUGCGGCGGCGGCGGCGGCGGCCCCCCGCGCCGCCCCGACGGAGAGGUCGGGGGCAAGGAGGCCGGGGGGCGCCCGCCAUCGGUGCCGCCCCCGCCGCCGCCGCCGCCCCCGCCCGAGGAGGCGCCCGAGCCGCGCACCCGCCGCAGGGCCUACCUGUGGUGCCGCCAGUUCCUGCCCGGGGCCUGGCGGGCGCUGCGCGAGGACCAGUUCCUCAUCGCCGUCGUCAGGGAUAAGCGGAUUCUGCAGGUGAACUUGGGGAGACCUUCCUCGUCCUCGUCGGUCGUCGUCAUCGCAGGGUGA